AUGGCACUUCCUAUUAGCAGCCCAUCUCCAAAACUCGAUCGCUUCCAGCAAGCCAUGGAAUCGGUUUAUGGUGAUUUCAGCAACAUCGAAAGUCCUGAGAGCUGGAGCCCACCUCAGCGAUCGGGGGGCCAUCGCGGACGCUACCUUUGGUCGGACGCAUUUGGCGUGAUAAACCUGCUGACAAUGCACAAGGAGUAUUGCCGUGCAGGUAACGACACUGUCAAUGAUGACCGGUAUCUCAUCAUAGCUGGUCGUUUGAUUGACACUGUGCAUGAUGUCCUAGGCUGGACAAGAGACGGUCUCUCGCGACUACCGGGAGCUACGGAUGACAAUCCGCUGGGUGGCGGACUUCGAAUCGGCAAGACAGACGAGCAUGGAUCUGACUGCGAUGGACAAUAUCAUCACUACUUAACAAUUUGGAUGUUCGCGCUCAAUCGCAUGUCCAAGGCCUCUGGGAAUAACGCUUAUAAUCGCAUGGCUGUUCAAUUGGCGCGUGCGAUUCAUCCUAAAUUUUUCGUUGAUCGGUCCGGACCCAAGCCGCGGAUGGUUUGGAAGAUGUCUAUGGAUCUUUCUGCGCCACUUGUUUCCUCCGAGGGAAACUUGGAUCCUAUCGACGGUUUCGUGGUUUUUCGACUCCUGCAAGCCGCGGCCAUGGAAGCCGGUGAUGGUGAAGUGCUGACAGAAGAAAUCAAUGAUUACAAACGAGUCAUGGAGCGCAAGGGCAGACAUUUUGUUUCCAGCGAUACUCCAGACCUAGGAAUGACAUUAUGGACGACGCAUUGGUUCUCCGAGAGUGAACAAUGGGCCCUGAACCUGACAGAAAGAUGUUUUGAGCAAUUAUACAAUCUGUUCGAGAUUGAUCGAUACCUGGACAGCAACAUCAAAUUUCGCCUAGCUUUCCGAGAGUUUGGGACCUGUAUGGGAGCUCAAUGUCAAUCGGAACAUAUGACAGAAAAGGAGGGAUCCGUCGAUCUCAAGACUUGGUCCGAUUCCAUCAUCGCUGCAUGGGAUCCGUAUAUGGAUCUCACGAUAUCACAGGGGCUCACGCCUGACGAUUUGAAACCGAUAACUCGCGUUAUGUAUGCGUCAGCUUUGAUCCCGGGAGGUUUCUGUGCAGGUUACUUUGGAUCAGAGCCUGAUGUCAAAGUUGUGAUGGAUAAGAGGGGCGAGUCGAGUGAGCUUUAA